GCACAGCCCUGCCGAGAACGUUGGCAUUCAUUCAUCUUGUUAUUAAGAUCUAUCAGCUUUUUGGGUUGCGUCCUGAAACCAGUAAACAUGAUUAAAAAUAAUAAAAAAGAAGAAGUAAGAAUUCAGAAUAUACCCUUUGUUAGUUUGUUGAUUGUUUGUUGCUGUUUUACUUUUACUCUUUUCAUAGUGGUGUGCUUACUUUUUCAACAUUUCAACUAUGUUUCCAAACAAACUAUUUAUAAUGGUUUUUGAACUUUUAUAGUAUAAGUUGUUGAAGUUCUUGUUUGCAUAUCGACAGGAAAAUGGUGAUUGAUUUCUUCAAGAAACAUGGUCUCUGUAUUGAACAACUCUAUAAGUUUACUUCCUCAAAUCGGCUCAAGUGAUAGGAAAUUAUUAUCUCCAAGCUUUCAUGGAGAUUAUCGUUAUGGAAUUCGAGGUACCGCUCCACAAGUAUCUAGUUCUAGUCCAUCCUUAACCUCCUCAGAGGAUUCUGAAGUUGUCCAGGGACCUACAGAUUUGGACUCAUAUGAUUCUUUUGAAAAUACUUUUGCUCACUGGCCCGAUUCACUAUCAUCUGUUGAGUUGUACAGAUGUGAAUACUGCAAUUUUAAAACUGAUGUUUUCGAAUAUUUCCUCAAACAUGGACAAAAUAACCAUAAUCAAUCAUUCAAGAGGAAAUUCACUUGUAAUAAGUGUCCUUACAGUGCAGCAAAAAGAUGGAAAGUUAUUGAGCACAUGAAGUACCAUGAAAAACUACCAGGUAUUAAACUAUAUGAGUGUGUACUCUGUCCCUUCAAGGCUCCACAGAGACAUCAGCUAGAUAGACACAUAAUGUUCAUUCAUCAGAAUAUGGGAAUAAAGUACAAGUGUCAUGUCUGUUCCAUAGAACUGCAAUCGAAAACAUUACUCAAAAAACACAAGAGAACCCAUAAAUAGAUAAGGGUCUUUUGUAAUUGCACAUUAUUCAAUAUUGGGAAUCAUGUCAGAAUCAUGUUUGGACACAGUUCAUUGAACUAUGAUGGAUGAUAGAUAUUUUACCUAAAUGGUAUGACCUCAUGAAUAGUGCCAUGUUUUAUAUUGUAAUUUGUGAUGAAAUGAAAUUCAAAUUUUGUAAUGUCCACCUCAGUUUUAACUACAAUAGAUGCUAAAUUAUGUUAUCUAAACCUGACAAUCAAUUGAUUUUACAUACUAGCAAGAAAUCAUAAGUUCAAGAAACUCUACAUUUUAUGGUGUAUAUAUUUAGCAAAUCAAUUAUUUUCAGUUUGUGGAUGGUUGUGGAUGUCAAUAAAUUGAUCAAAUAUA